UCUCAAGUGGAUCAAUCAGAAAAUGCUGAUCGUAUUUUGCGUAGCGCUUGUGUUCACAUUUGGACAAUGCAGAGACGACCAGAACUUUUUGACAAAAACUGUUCAUGUUGGUGAAGAUGUAACUCUAACAUGUAGCCGCCAGAAUAUAGACGUAGGAACCUUAUUUUGGAUCAGACUUGUUGCUGGAAACUUGCCUGAAGUCUUAGGAGCCACUUACACUUUUGCUAGUGCCUACUUUAAUAAGACUCCUCGAAUCACAGCAAAACAAGAGCCCGGAACGUUUGUUCUUCAUAUUACCAAAACAGAGCUGAGUGAUACUGCAUUUUACUACUGUGAAAAACAUGUUGAACUACGAACAACAUUUCUGAAUAUUACUUUUCUGAGAGUCAAAGGACCAGAACCAGAUAUCACUGCCGUCAUUCAAGUCCCUUCAUCUGAUCCAGCCCGGCUAGGAGACUCAGUGACCUUGCAGUGUUCAGUCCUCUCUGACUCUGAGAAGAAAACAUGUUCAGGUGAUCCCAGUGUGUACUGGUUCAGAGCCACAUCAGAUGAAUCUUAUCCCAGUGUCAUUUACGCACAUGGAAACAGUGGUGAUGAAUGUGAGAGGAGUCCUGAUGCCCACUCUCCUCCGAAAUGUGUCUAUAACUUCUCCAUGAACAUCACCUCCUCUGAUGCUGGGACUUAUUACUGUGCUGUGGCCACAUGUGGGGAGAUAUUAUUUGGGAAUGGUGCAAAACUGGAAAUUGAAGCAGCCAACAUGUGGCCAUUUGGCAAUUCUCAGAGGGCAAAUACAGUUUUGCUUCUACUGUCUGCUGCUUUGGCUCUAAGUUUUAUCGUUAUAGCCUUACUAAUUUACAUCAUCAAGAAAAGCAAGUAUAAUUGUUUCAAUGAUUCUUCUGCUGACAUUCAAACUAAUGCUGCAACAGCCAUUGGUGAUCAACAAAGUCACAAUACAGAUGGAGACUCAUUGGUUUAUUCUGUGGCAAUUUUUACAAGGAAAGAUGGCCGAAGUUUAAUGAGUGGUGCAAAAGCAGUUGAGGGAGGGAGCAUUUACUCGAAUGUGGGCUAGGAAUAGCAACAUACACACUGGAGAGUCUUAUUGAUGUUAAUUUCAUGCUUGUAUGAUACACCAUGUGGGGAUAUUAGAAGUAUAUGUUAUGUCAUAUGGCAAAUGUUUUCCCUCGAGUGACUUACACAUUCGGACCAGAUGUUUAUAUGUUUCAUUUCUGUAAUUUUUUUGUUAGGUCAGUGUUAAAAGUCUUUUCUAAUUCUUUCUUUUGUCUAUACUAUGUUUUUUUGAACUCUUAUGUGAAAGGUUUUAUAUUCAAGCAUUCAAUGUCACAAUAGGAAAAGC